AUGCUUCAAGAGCGUGGUAUUGCCUACUGGCAGUCCGUAAGAGCCGACUUGGAGGAAGUGCCUUUUCACGAUGCCAUCCACCAGUGUUUUCCCGAUGGCGUCGAUGCGUGUAAAAUCCUCGAUAAGCCAGAUCACUUCCUCGACUUGGCGGACAAAAAGCUGCAUAUCUUCCCCUUCAAGGACGUAAAGACAUGUUGGUUCCGGCUGUAUACUGAUGCCAGCGUUGCUAAAGUGCUGAAGUUGGUUGGGCUCGAUUCUUCUCCGGAGGAUGAUCCUGUAGGUGGCUAUCGUCUGGAUGGUCACCUUGACGAGAUCGUUUCUAUUCUAGACAUGGCCCUCAUCAUGGCUGGAGGACUCGGCCGCCAAGACUUGAUUCAUGGUAUUCUAGCCGAACUCCAGACUAUCGUCCGAGGUGCGGCUGAUGUCGACGAGCGCCCGCCAAAGAGACGGCGACUCGACAAAAGCUUCCUGGCCGAGGAAACCAAUGACGCUUUUGUUGUCGACAGCGUCUCUGUGCCAUCCCUCGGCUUUCCCGUUGAGACACUUGAUCAUCCUUCCCUUACAGAGUUUGCAAAGCACAUUCAGCAAAGACGAGAACCUGCUGUUCUGACGAACGUGCUGGGCCACUGGCCAGCGCUGGAUAAAUGGAAAAGUAUUUCGUUCUGGCUAGAGAUCACCUUAGGCGGUCGUCGCCUAGUGCCAAUCGAAGUAGGCCGAAGCUACACUGACGAUGAUUGGGGCCAGAAAGUAGUCCCGUUUCGAGAAUUUCUGACCCAUUACAUCCAAAGACAAUUCGACCAUGGUCCUAACAGCGAAUCUGCAAAUGGCGGACAAACGGGCUACUUGGCACAGCACGACCUAUUCAAGCAAAUUCCUGCCCUUCGGAACGAUAUCGCAGUCCCUGACUAUUGCUACCUGGACGCCCCUCCUGCUGAAGCUGGUUCCCCGGUUGCUUUGGCGAAGGCCAAGGAAAGUGCAAAACGGACGACCAAACCUAUCGCUACUCCUUCCAUGGCGUGCUCCUCUUCAAGCGAGGGGGACACGGCCGACGAAGCAGAUCUCGAGGCUGAGCCACAAAUGCACAUCUGGUUCGGACCGGCAUGGACAAUAUCCCCACUUCACCAUGACCCUUACCACAACAUCCUGUGCCAGGUAGCCGGGAAGAAAUACGUGAGAUUGUACUCACCAGACCACAGCAAGGCACUACUACCGAAGCGGGGAGAUGAGCCCGCUCCUCAUAGUCGGCCGCCAGAAGACCUAGGAGAGCUGAGCGACGUCCUAUAUCCAGAUGGACAGGAACAAGACACGAUUGACAUGUCUAACACGUCACAGAUUGACGUGGCCGCCAUGGAACUGUCGCCGUUGGAAGAUUGGGACGAUGUGUAUCCUGGCAUUAGUCGAGUACCCUACGUGGAAUGCGUCCUCGAGGCUGGCCAAGCUCUAUAUAUACCGAUCGGAUGGUGGCAUUAUGUACGGAGCUGCUCUGUGGGCAUCAGCGUAAGCUUCUGGUGGUGA